GCCAAAUGUCAAAAUACUGUGAUGGAUCUGUGAAUUGUUUGUUUGUAAGAAAAAACUCGUUAGAAAGUAUUAAAAAACCAUUAAAAUGAUAUUAGUCGUGUUUUUACGAUUAUAUGGCUUUGAUAUUUGACUUAUGUUUUACGACAAUCCGGAAGAGGCAUGUUUUACCCACGAAUUCGGGAGAAAGGUGCAGGUUUAGUUGUCCUCAGCUGGACUUGUCUGGCUGUCCUCUGUGCCGCGUCUACGGCGCCCUGCGACAAAACGCGCAGGGUUUUCACUGAACAGAACGGCAUCAUCACCGAUGGACCCACUACCUCCAACUAUACACAAGAUUCCCACUGUGAGUGGCUUAUCAAAGCUGCCAAUAAAAGCCAAUUUAUUACAUUGAGUUUCAUUCGUAUGGGCACAGAAUGUUCCUAUGAUUAUGUAUUUGUUUAUGAUGGAGAUUCCUUUGAUGCUCCACUAUUAGGGAGCUUUAGUGGGAAAACUGAGCCACAGAAUGUUACCGCUUCAAGUGGUUUUAUGUUAAUUUUACUGUAUAGUGAUACAAAUUAUGUAUUAGAUGGAUUCCGUGCCACAUAUGCCAUAUAUGAUUGCCCAAAUAAUUGCACUGGUCAGGGAGAAUGCGUGUCAAACAAGUGUUUCUGUUGGGGCCGUUGGGGAGGUCCCGAUUGCAGCGUAGACCUCUGCCCCAGUGGGUGCUCCGGAAAUGGACAGUGUAAAGGGGAUAGAUGUGAAUGCAAAAAGGGAUUUUCUGGUGAUUCAUGUUCACUGAAACAAAAUGAUAAGAAAGGGAACAGUUGGCAUUGGCUUUCUCACACGGAAGGGGGUAUGACCAGAAGAGCUGCGCAUACUGCUGUGUAUGUCAAUCUGACUGACUCCCUGUAUAUCUUUGGUGGAUAUGAUUUAAACAAAGUGUUAGGCCUUUUGGAGGAGUACAGAUUUUCAACUAGUCAGUGGUAUGAUGAACAUGGAAGAGUUUUACGGAGAUACCCCACUAAUGAAGAAAAUGAUAAAUCUUUACUUACCCUCUUUAAAAAGGGAAAUAAUGAUGGUAAUUGGCACAUAGGAAAUGGAACAUCUUUAUUUACAUUAAUUUUAUCCUCAUUUUCACACCAUGAUAAAACAACUUUACCCCUCAUGUACUCUCAUACACCAACGGCCUACUCUGACAGUUACUUGCAAUUUACGGACCGUCCUGAAAUGACGAGUGCCUCAAUGAAAUCUAAUUACACAAAACCUGAACCCCGAUAUGGCCACUCAGCUUGUGCAUUUGGAAAUGGGUUUGUCCUGUACGGGGGCAAAUUGUCUGAUGGGAGUUUAUCUUCCGAAUUAUGGCUUUACAACGUAAAAUCGAAGCAUUGGACCUUAAGGGCUGUCAAUUCAACAUUUACUCCUCCCGGCUUAACGCGUCACACUCUGACCGCUGUUAAAGAUGAAUUAUAUCUAUUUGGAGGAACUACCGUCGAAGGGGAGUUCUCCUCAAGCAUGUACAAAAUAAAACUUGGUGAAGUGAGUACUGAGUCUUGGGAAAAAGUUCACGUCCGGGGUGGAAAAGAAUUAGAUGUCCGAGUGGUGGCGCACACGGCGGUGUACCAUUCUUAUUCUAACUCGAUCCUUGUUUAUGGCGGAGUUGUAGCAAGCGUUGCCAGAUUUUCAAAACUUUCAGACAGAAUGUUUGCUUUUGACAUAGACUAUAAACAUUGGAGUGAAAUACACUACCCUAGAGCGCAUCUUCGAGAUACCUAUGUACCACGAGAAAGGGCUUUUCAUACUUCUACAAUAAUAGGAAAUUACCUUGUCGUAUUUGGUGGUUAUUCUCAUCGUCAUAAUAGGGAAGAAAUUUGUUACGAUGGCCAAAUGUACCUGUACCACCUAGGCUGCCAUUCUUGGAUACCGCUAGAUGUUUUGGGGAAAAUACCCAAGUUUUACCCGAAGAAGCAAGGUGUGUUUGCACACGCUGCGGCUUUGAGGCCACCCUCUACAUUGCUGAUAGCUGGUGGAUAUCACGGGAAUGUUAAUGGGGAUUUGCUGGCAUACGUAGUUCCGAGUUGGCAAGCAGGCAUAUCAAAUGACAAUCCAGAAUCCGCGUGUCCCCGCCAUCACAGUCAGCCGGAAUGUCUCGCGGAUCCAGAGUGCGGCUGGUGCUCUGCUGAUGAUAUUUGUUACGGAAGAACAAUAGGAUCGAAUUGCACAACGAAUCUGCAAUCUAUCCGGUGCGGGGGCAUUUGCCCGGCGCUGGGCGAUUGUCACUCUUGCCUGAUACAUGGGCCCCCGCCAGGAGAGCGAGAAUCGCGUGCACCCUUGCCUUCAGUCAGCACUAAACUGGGUCUCUACAAGUGCAGCUGGUGUGUGCAGAACGCACGGUGUCAUCACAAAGAUGACAACUAUGGUGUUUGCGGUGAAGAUACCCCAUCUGAAAACCCGGGCUGGUGGGGCACUGCCGGCACAGAAGUGACCUCGCCCGAGGAAUGUAAAGUGCUGGACAAAAGGCCCGGUCUUACUUUUCUUAGAUACCAACAACCUGCCGAUUGGAAUCACCCAGAUGCCGUGUCAGUCGUCAAUGCUACAACAGUGGACUGGGGUACGGGGGGUGGGAGUAACAAUAUUUUCAAUGGACCUAGUGAAGCGAGGUUAAAGGGAUGGUUACACAUACCUCAGUACUGGAACGGCACUGGAGAGACCCUACACAUUUGCGCAGGCUAUGCGAAUAUAACCCUCACUUUGGGGGAGACCAAUGAGUCAAUUACAAACUUAACUGCACACCCGGCGUCAGCUUGCUCACUGGUCGAUUGGCCGCCUCUCUUUCCUGGCCGACUUUUAGUAAAUAUGCUCGCCAACGAUUCUUUACACACUGGCCUGUAUCCAUCACAUCACCAUGCCAAAAUGGAAUUGCUGCAUAAUAAAUCACAGGAAAAUUCUAAGGUGUUCACAUUUGAAUUUUUGGAGCCCUACUCGGAAGGCCAGUGCUCGGACUACGGCAACUGCCUCCUGUGUUUAUCAGACGCCGCGUGCGGCUGGUGCGAGCUGACGAACCGCUGCGAGCUGCGGAACACCGACGAGAAAGUGGCCUGCGCCGCCGACGGCGAGUGGCGGUAUCUCACGCUGCAGCCCGCCGCCUGCCCCAACUGCUCCAACUACAUCAGCUGCGAGCGCUGCGUGGCCGGCAACUACUGCGAGUGGUGGGCCGACGAGGCGCGCUGCGCGCGGCGCGGGCGCGCGGGCGGCGCCAUCGUGGACGCGGGCGAGUGCCCCGCGCCCUGCCGCACGCGCCUCGACUGCGAGCACUGCCUCGACGAGCGCGGCCGCUGCGUCUGGUGCGAGGCCACGCGCCAGUGCUUCAGCUUCAGCGUCUACACCAGCGAGUACCAGUUCGGCCUCUGCCGCGAGUGGCUCGACCGCGCCUCCACGCCGCCCGACGACGCCACUCGAAAGUCCGGUCAGUGUAAAUCUUGCCAGGCGCAAACUCAGUGCUCCACCUGCCUGAGGAGCAUGGGCUGCGGCUGGUGCCACUCGCACGGGAACCCGAUCAACGGCGUGUGCACGGAGGGCGACUUCACGCGCGCGCACGUGGACUGCGCGUCGCUGCUGAACAUCUCGGCGCCGGACGCGGGCUGGGCCUACGCGCAGUGCCCCGACGUGGACGAGUGCGGCCUGGGCCUGCACGACUGCCACGAGCACGCCGUGUGCAACAACACGCACGGCUCCUACACCUGCAAGUGCAAGCAGGGCUACAUCGGCGACGGGAAGAAGAGCUGCAUGCGCACGUGUUACAAUAACUGCAUUCACGGGUAUUGUUUGGGUGCUCCUCAGUAUAAGUGCCAUUGUGAUUUGGGUUGGACGGGGGCAGAUUGCUCGAUCAACUGUGGGUGCCAUAACCACUCUACGUGUAAAACCGGAGUGGGUCGAUGUGACGAGUGCCAAGAUUGGACUGAAGGUGAAUUUUGUGAAUCGUGUAAACCGGGCAGUCACGGGAACGCGACCACGGGUCAGGGCUGCCGUCGGUGCGAUUGUAACGAUCACGGCGACGAGACGCGCGGCAUUUGUGACGUCUCAACCGGGGAGUGCAUUUGCAAAGAUAACACUGAGGGCCAAAAUUGUGAAAGAUGUAAACCAAAGUUUUACGGAGAUCCUCGGCAUGGUGGUAGAUGUUAUUAUCAGUGCGAGCCGAGGGGUAUGCUGAACGCGACGCAGACGGAAGGUAUCGGUUCAUACAAAAGUGAUCCGGAUAUAAAAACGAUUGGCCCGUCAAAGGAAUGUUUGUGGAUUAUUUCCGCUGACGACAUACCCGAUGCUCUUAUUCAGUUCACUAUAAAUUCUUCUACUUCUGAUGUGCCAUGUGAUGAAAACGCUGUGUAUGUUUAUGACGGGUUGGGAGGUGUCCCCGAUAUGAGUAACAACCAACAGAGUCAACUUUUGGGGGUAUUUUGUAACGGAGCUUCGUCAGGCGUAGUCGAAGCGCGCAGCGGCAAUUUGACCGUCCACUACAAACAAGGUCAACCGGAACAAGGUUUCGAGGGAGUUUACAAAGUUCUGGCGUGUGACGAUCACUGCCCUUGGCCGAGAGUGUGCAACAAAAAACAUUGCGUUUGUAGAGAGGGCUUCGGUGGACCAGAUUGUGAAGUCGAUAUUUGCCGUAAUAACUGCAGCAUGUCAAUAAACGCCGGCACCUGUGACACUAGCUAUGGAAGAUGUCUUUGCAAUGAAGGUUACGGUGGCGACGAUUGCUCAAUUAAAUUAGAUAGAACUCAAUUAGUAUUUACAGAAUUAUUUAAUUCGGAAUAUUUAUCUGAUGGUUUAGAUCAUCUUAGAAAAACUUUGCCGAGAUUUGGGCAUAGCUUAGUUGCCGACAGAAGGGGUUUAUGGAUGUUCGGUGGGUACUCUCUUUCUCAUGGUCCCUUGAAUGAUAUAAGAUUUUUUGAUACUAAAAAUAACACAUGGAUGCAAGUAACGGUCGAAGCUACUCCUGAUGCCAAAAUGCCUGAAGGGCGCUACUUUCAUGCAGCUGAAAUAUAUCAUUCUAAACAAAACAUUUAUAUUUAUGGAGGCCUAAGUUUGCAAGAGAAAACUCUUCAGAAUAAAACUCUUGGUGACUUUUGGCAAUUCAGUUUGAAAGAUCAAAGAUGGGGCAAUAUUAAAAGUAAACAUGAGCAUCCACCACCCCUCGCUGGGCACACUUUGACUCUGCAGAAAUACCAGGAUUAUGAGAGCUUGGUACUAAUCGGCGGUUUCUCAAUGGAACACGGCUUCAUGGCUGACAUGUGGGAAUUUGAUCUGGACAAUGACAAGUGGAUAAAACUCAAUUGUGAAGGGGCCAAACCAACGGGAAUAAUCGGUCACAGUACCGUGUAUCAUGGUCCAUCACAAAGCUUGUACAUUUAUGGCGGUAUAUUGUAUGCCUACAACGGAACAUCAUUGUCGAAUAAACUUUUCUCUUUUCACUAUCCAACAAAGAAAUGGAGUGAACUUCCAACAUUUCCGAAUCUAAAUCAUUAUGAUAGAUUACCUCAAUCGACGUAUCUGCAUUCGGCAGUCACAACUAACGAUUAUAUGAUAAUAUUUGGAGGCAGAACUGAUCCAGAGAACAAAUCCGAUUCUCUCAUAGCGUACAUUUAUAGCUGCAACCAAUGGGUCAGACUUGUGAAAGGAGUUAGUAUCGUGGGUCACCCGCCGCCGCCAACGAUAGCUCACGCGAUGGCGAUCGAGGUUGAGGCCGAUAACGACGGCUUCAUUUACGUCAUAGGCGGGUGGACAGGCAGCGCUCACUGCCAGGUGACGCGCAUAUCUUUGCCAGAAGAUCUGUGCUCACUGUGGAGUUCUAGUAAGAUCGAAUGUCGCAGCCACAUGGGGUGCAGCUUUUGCAGUACUGGCAAUUACACGAAGUGCUAUUCGGUGGACAAGCCGGGGUGCGAGGGUAGCGACCGCGUGUCCACUAACUCGGGCGCUGCAUGUGACGCAGAGCUGGUGUCGAGGCGCGCUUGCGAGAACUUCACCACGUGCUCAACUUGCCUGGCCGCGUGGCCUCUGUACCCUGAAGAAAAACCUGCUUGCCGAUGGUGCGAAUCGUGUGCUGCUGCAGUUGGUGAAUGCGUACCCACGGAUGAAUCAUGUACAAGCAUAAAAUGUAAUGCAGGAACGACAUACAUAAGCGACGUAGAUCAGUGUCCCGAGCUAAGAUGUGUUGCCUCAGACUGUGAGAAAUGCGUCUCUAACAUGUGUACUUGGACUAGGCAGGCUAGUAGAGAAGGACAAUUAACGAUAAUAUCGGAAGAUCCUGCGGAACUCUUCAACUGGACUUGUACAUUGAUAGAAGAAGCCGGUCGAACCAGCUUGCGUCCAACGACAAAAGAGGAGUGUCCCAGCCGAUGCCACACGUUUGACGACUGCCAGUCUUGCCUCAGUUCGGAUGGAGCCGAGGGCGGGUUCUCGGAGUGUCACUGGGCAACCUAUUUAGGCAAAUGUAUAUCGCCGGCUUACCAGCCGGUCUACUGCGCUGGUGGUGUUUGCGGUCUUGUAUUAACUAAAGCGGAUAAGAACAAAUGUCCUGCGCCUUGUGACACUUUCGAGCAAUGCUCGGAAUGUCUCCAUCACUCCCACUGCGGGUGGUGCGCUAUAGAGGGCGCUAACGGCGAAGGAGUAUGCACAGAAGGCUCCAUCGAGACGCCCCUUGACUACUCCACUCGAACCACUUGCGCUGCCGUCUACAAUAAUGUGCAUCAAAACAACGAAACCAACAAUACUUUCACGUGGCAUUACACAAGGUGUCCUCCUGAAAACGAAUGUGAGAAUAAUCAUCAUCAAUGUAAAGCUGAAUCUGAGGUUUGCCGUGACCUACCGGAGGGCUACGAAUGCGCUUGCGGCGCUGGACACAAGCGAGCAGCGGGCGGCGGCUGCACGGCCGUGUGCUCGCAGGGCUGCGUGCGCGGCGCCUGCGUGCAGCCCGACGUCUGCCGCUGCGAGUUCGGAUACGUCGGCGCCAACUGCACCAUCCAGUGCCAGUGUAAUGGACACAGCCACUGCGAGGGGCCUGACAAGCUGGAUAAGUGCAUUGAGUGCCACAACAACACUAUGGGUAACCAAUGUGAGAAAUGCAAGCCCAAUUUCGUCGGCGACCCAACCAACAACGGCCAGUGUGUCCCUUGCUCGAUGUUCUGCCACGGGCACACGACCAUCUGUACCAAUGACGUGUCCGACGCGCCGCCGACUUCCCGUGACGUCAGCCAGCCUGAUAUAGAGGACUACUAUAGGGACGGGGCAGCUGCGAAGGCGAGAUGCGUGCGAUGCGCUAACAAUACGGAUGGGCCGCGGUGCGAGAGGUGUAUCGAAGGGUUCUUUAGAGGAUCUGAGGACUUCCGUGAUCCGUGUAGACCUUGCGAGUGCCACGGGCACGGCGACACGUGCGACCCGGUCACGGGUGAGAAAUGCAACUGCGGGAACAACACCGAGAGCGACAUCUCGUGCCAGACCACCAGCACCAGCAAGAACUCGGCGCAGGAAUGCUGGCGCUACCAGUGCGUCAAGUGCAAGGACCUCUACAUGGGCGACCCGCGCAACGGACACCAGUGCUACAAGACCAUCAAUAUUGAGAACAAGCUCUGUUUUGAUGGCAAGUCUAUUGAUGAAUGCAAAAUCAAACCGCGCCCGCUAUACCCUGGACAAACCGUAUUUGUUGCUGUAAACCCCAGAUACAUGAACGUUGAUAUACGAGUUAUUGUGGAUGUCACGCAAGGCGCCGUGGAUCUAUACAUGAGUCCGAACGACAGCUCGUUCGUGGUAAACGUAAACUCGAGUAACGGAGCGCACGCGGUCGAACUAGACCCCGCGUAUUACAAACACGAACCGUUCCGGAAAAUGCCGUCUUUCGACGACCAUGUACCAGAUAAACCUCAAGUGACGUGGUGGUACGAUAAGACGGAGUAUACGCUCGCGGAUUAUCGGGCGAAAGAUCUCGCUACUUACGUGACAGUUGACAGGAGGAACAUUCUCAUGCGAGUGCGAAAUCUCCAGAACCGCCUCGUGUUGACUCUCCCGCAAAACGUGCACGAUCUUACGCACACGAAGUUCUACAUCAUCAUCCGCGCGCGGCACACGGAAGAUGGCGCCGCGAGCUUCGGAGUUAUCUUCUUCCGCCAGGAUCAGCUCCACAUAGACCUGUUCGUGUUCUUCUCGGUUUUCUUCUCGUGCUUCUUCCUGUUCCUGGCCGCGUGCGUCGUGGCUUGGAAAGCGAAGCAGGCAGCCGAUGUCCGAAGAGCUAGGAGAAGACAUGUGGUUGAGAUGCUACACAUGGCGAAGCGUCCGUUCGCGUCGGUGACGGUGCUUCUCAACGGCACGCUGACGGGCGCGGGCCGGCGGCGGCGCGGCGCCGAGCUGCGGCCCGUCGCCAUCGAGCCCACGGGCGACGGCCGCGCCGCCGUCACCUCCGUGCUUGUGCGCCUGCCCGGCGGGUCCCGCGCGCCCGUGCGCAUGGCGCUGGCGUCGUCGCUGGUGCUGGUGUCGCGGGGCCCCGCGCCGCGCCCGCGCCCCCCGCGCCCGCGCCGCCAGAACACCUAA